AUCAGCAAGUACUUAUCGAUAAAGAGCUGCCCCUGCCUGCCUGCCUGGAGCCCUGUAGUUCUGACUGCUGUAACGCAGCACGCUAUGAUGCACUCAAUCACACUGCACUUACUCACCGGUGUACCUCCCCUCCGUCGUCCGGAGCUUUGUUUUGUUAUAAGACUGGCGAGACACUCACCCUUUCCAUUUCCAUUUCUGCAAGUUUCCAGGUUCUUAGUUGUUGAUCACCCCUUUCAGAUUCUACCAUGUCGCUCAGAGAAAGGCCAGGCUCGUCCUCCAACCAGGACAGGAGGGAACCCAGAUACCAUGUUUAUGUCCGUCUUCCCUUCAAUCGGGGCGACUUCGUUGAUCCUCCACCGGUGAGCUGGGACGACAGGAAAUCAGAAGCGCUAUGGACCAUUAUCUCAGGGGUAUCGCAGACAGAGAUUGACUGUAAGUCUAUAUCGUCCAACCAUGCAGGUCUCAUGCUAAUGACUCUGAUGUGUAGGGCACGAGCUGUGAGUCUUCCUCGUCACUGGCGGUCCGCUUCUGCCUUUAGUAUUGACACUGUGCGUUGCUAUAGGGCAGUCCAGUUCGAUGUCACAGUCGAGUUCCUCCUCCAGAUGGUAUCCUAUCUGACCGAGCGGCACACUGCCCAGCUGCGGGCGCAGAUGAGGAAAGCCGCCGCGACCGGUCGCGGUUCCGCCGCUCCGUCACCGAUUCCCGGCGGCGAGCCAGUUGGAUAUGCCGAAGGCAUGAGACGAGCAGGUUCUAUCGGCGGCCGUACUUCAGCUCUCUCCAUGCGCAAGGAGGCUCUCGCCCCUAAAGACGAUGUCAACACUCCUGGGACACCCACCGCUAAGACGUCCUCUAACCCUCUACGACCCGCCAUCUCGCGCAACUCUUCCCAGACCACCUUGGUACCGGGGCAGAACCCGAGCCUCGCUGCCCCCACGACGACAAGUAACAAGAUAGCUAGCAGGUUAAGUGAUCCGCAGCGCCGGAGACUAUCACUACUAUCCAUCAACACCAAAGAUGUCCACUCUGGUGAUGCCACCCACGAACCAGAAGAUAACCGAUCUUACCGGCCCCCAGAAUCGCCAUCGCCAGUCGCCUCCACGUCACCAUCUUCCUCCUCUGACUCAGACUAUGCCGAGCAAAUGCAAAGUCGCUACAUUCGCCGUCCUCCACGGUUCCAGUCGGCGGCCCAAGACAAAGCUUCCGACGAGGACGACGACGACGAACUCGCUUUUCUCCCUCCUACUAGGACCAGACAACAUCAACACCAACAACAGCAGCAGCAACAGCAACAGCACCAACCUUCAAAAUUCCAACAACGUCACAACAACAACAACAACAACAACAACAACAACAACAACAACGACAACAACCCAACCGGCUCCACCUCCACCUCAGACGGCAGCGGUGCUCUAGAUCUUCACGCAACCGUAACCAAACUCCCCCUAAACUACCGCGACCAUCGUCCAGCAACGCCUCGGAACAGGAUAGGCUCCGGUUCUGCUGGAUCCCAAAAUCAGCAGCAACAACUUGUUAGCCACGGCCACAGUCUAAGCAGCACCAAAAACAAUCAUCCCCAACUAUCCACCAUCCAAUCGCAAACGUCCGACUCAUCUACCAGCUCGGCGGCCAUCAUUCCCAAUCCCAAUCCCCGUCGUCACCGACUUGCCAGCGGUGGUGAACUGCGUGUAGGUGGAACUGGAACUGGAACUGGAACUGGACCAGGAACAGGAACAAGAAUGCCCCCUCCCGGGCCUCUGUCGCCGAGGCGGAUGGAUAUGUUGUCGAGAGAAGGAAGCGAAGGGGCGCCGAGUAUGGGGAGUAGUUUUAGUGAUCUUGAUGAUGCCUCGGUAACCCAAUCAGCACUCGAAGAAGCUCUGGCUAGUAGGAUGCAGGAUGGCACGAUUGGUAGUCGGAUGAGCAUGAUCGGUCACACCAUCAGGAGCAAAUACUUGCCUAGCAAGGGGAAUCGGCCUUAGAUGGUGGAUGGAGACCGAACGGCGAGGAGACAGUCUUUCAUUAGGUGUUUGGGAACCCACGAAUAACUCUUCAUUUAUGGGGAUGUACUUACUGUAAUAGGAGGAGAGGAAAUACGGUAGAGUGGGAAAGCGGGUUGCUUUUAUGCUCUAUCUUGUCAUAAACGGAGGGAGUUUCUCGGUACAGGAGCUGGGACAGGUUUUGUUUGUUAGUGAUGAGUCAAGCACGGGGUUUCGGGAUAUGUAGGUAUUAAUAGUACUAAUGACAGCUAAAUACGAAUCUAGCAUAUGACAUU